AUGGCUGUCUCAAAUCCUCUUAUCAAAGAACUGAAAGGUUUGACAAGAAAAUUAAUUGAAUGUGAAAUUGAAAUCAAUGAUAACAAUGAGCAUCUGCUAUUCUUUUAUAAAAGUUUAGAAAGAUGUUUCCAAAAAGGUAUAUUGAUGCGUUUAAAUCCCAUAGGUUUUUCAAAAUUACCUAAUGCUUGGUAUUGGUUGGAAGAAAUUACAGAAAAAUAUUUUUGUUCCUGCUCCACAUAUUCUUUGGUAGUUGAGCAAGUCAAACAAAAUCCUAAAGUGUACACACCAACUGGACGUUUCAGACUUUUAAUUAAGACAUGUCUGAUGCGAAAGUGCCUUCAUAUGCCAGUUGAACUGCUGGUAAGAACACCAUUAAUGGCUACUGACUAUUAUGAUAAAAACAGUAUUCUGGGAGAUAACAUACUUGGAGAAAUAUUUUUAUCAGUAUUAUUGCUAAGCAGUAAAUUAAAUUUUAAGUUAAAUUUACGGAAUUCUAGUUUUUUGGAUGAAUCUUGGCAAUUGCCAGAAUGUUUAGCUUUAGAAUUAGUACCAUGCAAAAGUUUGGGUAUCUCUGUAUGUUUUAUCAAAGGAAAAGCUUUAAUAGUUAACUUGGACAAAAAUUCUGUAGCUGCAGAAGAUGAUAAAGUUGAAAUUGGAGAUGUAUUAGAUGAAAUAAAUGAAAAUGCUAUAACAUCUAAUACCAAAGGACAAUUACGUAAAUUUAUGGAGAAAGCUGUAGGUCAACCAGUGUGCUUACAUGUAAUUAAACACCGUAAUAAAAAAACCUAUGAAUUAUAUGCACCAAUUGUACACCUUAUAAGAAACUCGGGUAUUGAAGGUUUGAAAACAAUUUUAAAAAAAUUUAAUUCUGAGAUACAUGAUGAAAGUGAGAAAACUGAAAUGACUAAAUCAGAAAAUGAGUCACUAAAUGCUGGAUUUUCUGUUAAAUAUUGUGGUUGUGUAUAUAUUGGUACAGAAGGACAUGUUAAACUAAUAGAAAAAGCAAUUCUACAAGUAUUGAGGUCAGAAGAUAUAAAAUCAAUAUCUGUGAAAUUUGAAUGCCUCGAACUAGGAAUUAGAGUGACUCAAGAUUCAAAUGAUACAGUAAUAUGUAAACAAAGUUACAUGGAAAUUUCAUCUUGUGGUCGCACUGGAAAUAUUCCUAAUUAUUUUGCAUUUAUUGCUGGAGAUACUAAUUGUAACUUAGCAACCAAAUUUGAUGCAUAUGUAUUUUAUCAUCAAAAUGAAACUGAGGUGCAAACUAUAUUACAAAGUUUGGGUCAAGGAUUUCAGCGUACUCAUUUUGCAGUUUGA